AUGCAGUGGUGCCACUUAAACCCCUAUGAGUACCACCCAGAGAGGGGCCUGUACUACCACGAAGUAGCGUCCAACCUGCUCUGCGGAUCCCAGCCGCAGACGCCGGCAGAUAUCGAGCACCUCCAUGCAGAGGGCGUGACAAACAUCGUGAACCUGCAAGAGGACAAGGACUUUGCGUACUGGGGCGUUGACUUUGAGGCCUACCGCCGCCGCGCUACAGAGCUAGGCAUGUUCCUCGACCGCCGCCCGAUUGUGGACUUUGAUGGGGAGAGCCUGCGGCGGAGCCUGCCGCGGAUCGUGCUGGCGAUAGCAGGCGCGCUGUCUGUGGGCGGCCGCGUGUACGUUCACUGCACGGCCGGUCUCGGACGCGCGCCGGCUGCAUGCAUCGCCUGGCGCUACUGGUUCGGUGGCAUGCAGCUUGACGUGGCGUACACGGCGCUGACGGCGAUCCGGCCAUGCGGCCCGAAGCGCGACGCGAUUCGGGCAGCCACGUACGAUUUGCUCGACAGCCGCGGAUGGCACGAGUUCCACAACCUGCCCUCCGACGCGUACGCGUGCCUCAACGACGAUGACCGCACUCGGCUGCAGCAACGCCUG